AUGAACAGAGGCACGUUCUUUCUUCAGGAGAACUCCAGUCGUGACUUCAAGUCUUCAGGUUUGGACGUGAUUGCCGGAAGGCUGGCGUGCGGGUGGUUCCUCUUGACUGCAAUUGGUCAGGCCUGGCUAUGGCCCGUCAUCCUGGUGGUCGUCUGUUAUGCUCGGAAGCUGUGGCUUACAACCGCUUUCCUUGGGUACAUGCUGUAUGUAUCUAUUGGUCCUGGCGUUAAAGCAGGUCGGACGUGCACUUGGCCCAAGCCGCUCCGGAGCUGGUCAUUAUGGCGAUUGAUGUCGUCCUACUUUGACGCCAAACUGAUCAAGACGGUCGACCUGGACCCCUCUGGCAAUUACUUAUUUGUCGUUCAUCCGCAUGGCGUUAUCGCCAUCUCCUCCUGGAUUAACUUUGUCACCGAGGCCACGGGCUUCUCAGAGAAGUUUCCGGGCAAGUCCAUUCCGGGCAUCAUUUUAUUUGCGGCACUUGCUGCAGGAAGAAGUCGCAGGGGCACGUCCUGGGGAGGCAUCGACCUUCACGCGGCCACCUUGGGGAGCAAUUUCCGUGUUCCGUUGCUGCGGGAGUAUGUGCUGCUGCAUGGCAUGGUGGAUGCGAGCAGGGACACACUGCGGGCGGUGCUCGGCGGGCCGCCGGGGCGAUCAGCGCUGCUGGUGGUGGGCGGAGCGGCGGAGGCCCUCUUGGCUGCUCCUGGCACGUACGACCUGGUGCUCCAGGCCCGCAAGGGCUUUGUGAAGGUGGCGCUGCAGACGGGCGCCACCCUGGUGCCGGUGAUCGCGUACGGAGAGACCGACACGUUCCAUACCCACAUUCCCCAACCUGACAGCAAGUCGGCAGCAGCCAUCAGAUUCAAUGACAAGGCGAUCAGAGGCUUGCAUCCUGGUCCAGACGUCCCCCCUGAAGUUCUCCGUUCUCGGAACGAGCUUUUUAACAAGCUACGUAACCAGAAAAAGAACGCCAAGACGGGUAGUCUUUGGGACAACUUCGAUGUGGAGUGGUGGGGUGGUCUACCAAAGCUAGUCUGCUUGUUCUGCGAUGAGCCGCUCAGCGCCGCGAACCCAUCCUUUACCAACGCGCACCACAUCAAGCAAGGUGCUUGCAAGGCUAUCAAACAGCGUGCAGCGUCACUCAGCCAGCAACAGCAACAGAGUGGAACCAGCUCUGCUGCGGCGGGCCCCAGCACGGCGGAUCAGCAGGCGGGUUACGUACUGGGCCGUUGUAGUGCAGGAACUUCACUAGUAUGGCGUCCGCGCAUCAAGCGGAUGUUCGGUUUCUCCAUGCCUUUGUGCUGGGGCACGGGAGUGUUUGGAGGCUGGGGUAUGAUGCCGCUACAGACCCAGUUGGUGACGGUGGUGGGUACACCGCUCCGGGUGGGGAGGACGCCCACCCCCACGGACGACCAAGUGAACCAAGUGCAUGGCGCCUACACGGCUGCGUUGAAGAAGCUGUGGGAUGACACCAGUGAUAAGUACGGAAAAGGGAGAGGUGUAACGAGCCCAUGCAAGCCAGAGGCCCAAGAGUCUAGGAGACACAAGUUAGAUUAA